CCAUAGAAUAAGUUGAGAUUGAACAAAUAAUUCAUAACUAUCGACAGGAAACAUUCAUUCGAAGUUUUUAUAAUCACGUUUGUGACAUUUCAUUCGACUUAAAAAUAAAAUCAUAAAUUUUGAACGAAAAAAAUUUACUCCGAUCCAACUCCGUGACAGGAGUAACAUAACUAGAUGACCGGAAAAAUUUCGGCCAGGUAAAAGGAGACAAGGUUAUUAGUGAAAUAUUGUCACGGUUGUCAAAUCACCAAAUCGAUGAAUCAGAAUCUUUAUCACGAAAUCGAGCGAUAAUUAACAAAAAAGUAAGGUGUUAAAGAAAUAGGUGUGUAAUGUGGUCAUAGAUUUAGAAGUAUUAGAAAAAUAAAAAUUUAACACUCGUCGUGUGCUACUUUGUCGAUUAAUUCUUGAGUCGACAGUUUUUUUUUCUGUCUUCUUUGCAAUUCCGAACAUAAACAUGGAUGUAUUAAAUAAAUUAAGGAAUACGGUGAGCAAUACGAUAAGCAAUACAGUAAACAGUACGGCAUACGGUUUGUCGCAACUGUCGAGUGUUCUGCCAGGAAAUCCGGUAACUCGAGAGUUUGAGGCGACUGCACAUGUUGCAAGUGCUGGUCCUGGUUUAUUGUGGAAAGUUUACAGUGGUUAUAAAAAAUCAACUCGACAAGAAGCCUCGAUAUUCGUGUUCGAAAAGCGCAUGUUGGACCGCUGGUCGAGCAAGCAGGAACGCGAAGCUGUUCUCGAAACGUUGAAACGAGGAGUAACACAACUGACUAAACUCCGCCACCCACAAAUUCUCAUAGUUCAACAUCCAUUAGAAGAGUCUCGAGACAGUUUGGCCUUUGCGACCGAACCUGUUUUUGCCAGUCUUGCCAAUGCUCUUGGCAAUGUUGAAAAUAUUUCGAUACCCUUGUCCAAAAAUCUUCGUGACUACAAAUUACUGGAUGUAGAAAUUCGCUAUGGCCUCUUACAACUUGGCGAAGGCCUUGCUUUUUUGCAUGGUGACGUCAAACUCCUUCACCGUAAUGUUUGCCCAGAGUCUAUCAUCAUCAACAAGAACGGAGCAUGGAAAAUUUUUGGAUUCGAUUCUUGUGCCCUGAAUCAAAAUCCUAACGAUAAACAGCCAUCAUGGUCGUAUGUUGAGUACGAUCCUACAAUUCCAGCUAUUGGUCAGCCUAUAUUGGAUUAUCAAGCUCCUGAGUGUAUUGUGGCUGGGAGUUGUUCUCCAGCUAGUGAUAUUUUUUCUCUGGGAAUGUUGGCAUAUGUGUUGCACUCGCCGGGCAAUCGUCCACUCCACGAAUCUCAUGGAGAUGCCUCAAAAUGUCGACGUUUUUAUGCAGAUUUUAAAAACUCGCUCACAUCGACAAAGCUUGCUCCUGUUCCGGAUGCUUUUCGAGAUACGGUAAAACUUAUGUUGAGUAGCAAUCCGGAACUCAGACCAGAUGCCCAUCAAUUUAUCAAGAUCGAAUAUUUCAUGGACAUCGGGGUUAAGACUCUUAACUACUUAGACAAAUUGUUCCAAUGGGACAAUUUACAAAAAUCACAAUUUUACAAAGGCUUGCCUCAAGUGAUGAAACAGUUUCCGCAUCGCGUUGUACUUCACAGAAUUUUGCCAUGUUUGUAUAAAGAAUUUGUAAACGCUCCGAUGAUCCCAUUUGUUCUACCAAGUAUUCUUCAAGUUCUUGAAUCCUGCACCGCUGAAGAAUUCAGCGAGCAUAUUUUACCGAACUUGAAACCCGUGCUUGCCCUUGAAGAACCACCACAAAUCAGUCUCGUUUUGAUGCAACGUAUCGAUCUCUUAUUGAAACUUUGUACCGCUGAAGUGAUAAAAAACGAUAUAGUGCCACUGUUGACCCGUGCCUUGGAUUCACGUCUCGAGCAACUCCAAGAAUUAUGUCUUUCGGCGUUGCCCUCCAUAGCAAAUUUAAUCGAAAGCCCUUCGAUGAAAAAUGUUAUUCUACCACGAAUUAAAAAAUUAUGCUUGGCUGGACCGGGCGGUGGUAGAAGUUUGAGCGUGCGCGUCAAUUGCUUAUUGUGUUUGGCAAAAAUGUUGGAACAUCUCGACCGAUGGCUGGUCCUCGAUCAAAUAUUACCGUUCCUGCAAGAAAUCCCACACGCCGGUGAACCCGCUGUUUUAAUGGCUAUCAUAGGUAUAUACAAAAUGGUACUGACUCACAGUAAGUUGGGGAUAAGCAAAGAAACUUUGGCGACCCAAGUAUUGCCAUUUUUAAUACCACUUUGCAUAGAGCAGAAUUUGAGUCCACCGCAAUUCGAAGCUCUAGCAAGCCUCGUUACCGAUAUGAUUCAACGAGUAACGACGGAGCAUCGCGAGGCAUUGCGUCAGUUGGACGCUGUAAGGAAAGAAGCUCAAAAAUUAGACGAUGCGUUGAUGCAAUCAGCAAAUUCGUCGACCACAUCUAACGUUUUGGACGAAGCUUUCCCCAGAGGGGAAUUGUCGAGAACGACGAGCUCCACACCGAUCAAAGAUGGCAAGGGAUUGACGAUGGAAGAAAAGCAUCGACUGGCAAGACAACAAGAGAGCAACCAGAGGUUGCACUCUCAGAGCCCGAUGACACCGAAAACUGUGACGAGACCAUUGAAACCUGAGCCAAAAGAUCUCACGAGUACUCUGCUUCAAAACAAUUUAAACCAACUAAACUUGUCGAGUGGAAAACCGACAAAUUCAGGGCCAAAUUAUUCGGGCAUAACAUCGCCGACUUGGCAGAGCGCAACUAAAACCCAGUGGAGAGGACCGGAAAUGGCAGGAGCGCUUUACAAUCCGACGAACCAACAGAAUAAAGAUAUCAAUUGGUCGACGAACGGUUCACCUGGAUUGACGAACUGGGGUCAAAAUUAUUCCACCUCCAAUUGGAAUUCGUCCACAAUGUCAAAUACUUUUGGUCAAAAUCAUACCAAUAUUAUGAGUCCAGGCUCGAACAUUCCAUCAAACUCUUUACUACUUGGACAACAAAUUUCCCCCCAAGAACAAACGAAAACAAAUUUAUCCACCCAGGAUAUAAUCGAUUUUCUCAGCUAAUAGUCUCGAAGUGUCGAAAAUAAAACGUGAUUAGCGAAUUUUACGCAAAAAUAUCAUUAUACCAAUGUAUCAUAAUAUUCAUACAGGAUUUUAAUUUGCACAUCCGAGCUAACAUUUCGUGCACUCCAUUGAAUUUGUACAUACGAUUGAAAUAUAAAUAAUUAUUCCAAGGGA